AUGGCAACGGAAGAAGGCAAGCUAGACGGUCGACAUGAAUGUGUAUUGAUAUCACUUUGUCAACAACUCGAUUUUGUGUCCACAAACCGGUAUGAAACGCAUCUGAUGGAUCGGAAAAGUGUCACUAUAGCUGUCGAAUCUCAUGGGACAUGUAAGGCACGACCCGGUUCUGGUCCAGAAACAAAAGAAAUAGAAUUUUCCGUGCCUUCCGAUCUGCCUCCAACUUCAAUCCAUGCUGAUCGACUUGUGACGAUCAGCUACUUUUUCAAAUUGGAUCUCGAACAUUUCGAUAUCGUUGUCCCUGUGAUUAUUGGCACAUCAAAAACGCCAGGAAAAAUUGACUGA